GUUAUUACCGUUUUGGCUCUCCAACACCGUCUAGGCCAACCGGAUAUAGGGGCAGGGUUUCCGCUUCCGUCUUCUCUCUCCUCCCGCUUGUCCUCGGAGCGAAGUCGCCACCACAGCAGCUGCUCCCGGGCACCGUGUCCGUGUCAGUUGGUUUGUCUCUUAACGUCGGUGUGUUUGCCGUUGAACUGUCCGUCAUGGCUGAGCUAGAUCCGUUCGGCGCCCCCGCCGGCGCUCCGGGCGGCCCCGCGCUGGGGAACGGGGUGGCCGGCGCGGGCGAAGAAGACCCGGCCGCGGCCUUCUUAGCGCAGCAGGAGAGCGAGAUUGCGGGCAUCGAGAACGACGAGGCCUUCGCCAUCCUGGACGGCGGCGCCCUUGGGCCCCAGCCGCACGGCGAGCCGCCCGGGGGUCCGGAUGCUGCUGAUGGUGUGAUGAAUGGCGAAUACUACCAGGAGAGUAAUGGUCCGACAGACAGUUACGCAGCUAUUUCACAAGUGGAUCGAUUGCAAUCCGAGCCUGAAAGUAUCCGUAAAUGGAGAGAAGAGCAGAUGGAACGCUUGGCAGCCCUUGAUGCCAAUUCUCGGAAGCAAGAAGCAGAGUGGAAAGAAAAAGCAAUAAAGGAGCUAGAAGAGUGGUACGCUAGGCAGGACGAGCAGCUACAGAAAACAAAAGCAAACAACAGGGCAGCAGAAGAAGCCUUUGUAAAUGACAUUGAUGAGUCGUCCCCAGGCACUGAGUGGGAACGGGUGGCCCGGCUGUGUGACUUUAAUCCCAAGUCCAGCAAGCAGGCCAAAGACGUCUCCCGCAUGCGUUCUGUCCUCAUCUCCCUCAAGCAGGCCCCCCUGGUGCACUGAAGAGCCCCCACUGUGGAAACACUACAUCUGCAAUAUCUUAAUCCUACUCAGUGAAGCUCUUCACGUAAUUGGAUUAAUUAUGUUGAGUUCUUUUGGACCAAACCUUUUGUCUUUAGAGUUGAUCAUUGUUUGUGAUUGCAUGUUUCUUCCUUCAACUGUGUUCUCCCUGGCAUUCAGAGAGGUGGGGAGGCGGCGGAGGAAGGGAGGGAAGCCUCCCGAUGGUAGUCUGAACUUGUGCUUUUGUGCAUUAUUCUGAGAAUAAAUUUGUUUCAAACAAUAAA